AUGCCAGGGGUGGAGACGUCAGAGGAUCAACUGCCUGGCCAUGGCCACAACGAGAAUGAAGCCCAAUUUCCUCUGUUGGCUUCAGACGAGGAGCAAGACCUAGCAUUCCAACCGGAGUCCGUUCCGCCGCCGAUCCCCUCACGCAACGCGACAGGUAAACGCCACUCCUCGAUAUCCCAGCCCGCACCCGAUGGACAGCGUCGCACGCCCCGUACCAUGAACCGAGUACGAUUUGAUUUGGAGGAGGAGUCUGAGCACUCCGAGCGCCGUUCCAUUGACCGUGCUUUGAGCCCAGACGAUGAAUUAUGGAUCGACGAUGAAGACUAUGAACUUGGCACGAGGGGAUCGGGAACUCAGCACAAUGGACAGUCAAUCCCCUUGCUCACCAAUAUCGAGGCCCCCAGUGUGACUCUCGCGACAUCGGACGAGUUCUUCCCCGAAGAGCACCUGGAGGAUGCGCGACCCAGGAGUGGUAUGAAGAUGGCAUUUAUGAACAUGGCCAAUAGCAUCAUUGGUGCUGGAAUCAUCGGUCAGCCUUACGCGCUUCGUCAGGCCGGCCUGACUAUGGGUAUUCUGCUGUUGACUGCUUUGACAUUCACGGUGGACUGGACCAUUCGGCUGAUUGUGAUCAACUCCAAAUUGAGUGGCGCGGACUCUUUCCAGGCGACUAUGCAGUACUGUUUUGGGAAAAGCGGUCUGAUUGCAAUUUCGAUAGCGCAAUGGGCAUUUGCAUUUGGUGGAAUGGUGGCAUUCUGCAUCAUCGUGGGCGACACAAUACCGCAUGUGCUAGGUGCUUUGUUCCCAUCUCUUCGGAACAUGUCCUUCUUGUGGCUACUGACAGACCGUCGGGCUGUGAUUGUGAUUUUCGUCUUGGGUGUUUCGUAUCCACUUUCUUUGUACAGAGACAUUGCAAAGUUAGCAAAAGCGUCUGCAUUAGCAUUGGUCAGCAUGAUUGUUAUUGUGGUCACUGUCAUUACCCAGGGCUUCAGGGUUCCCCCUGACGCACGCGGAGAGAUCAAAAGCCACCUUGUGUUUAAUACCGGCUUUUUCCAAGCUGUAGGUGUUAUUUCUUUUGCGUUUGUCUGCCAUCAUAACAGCCUUCUCAUAUAUGGCUCCUUGAAAAGACCCACUCUUGACCGGUUUACCAGAGUCACCCAUUACUCAACAGGGGUGUCUUUGAUCAUGUGUCUUGCUAUGGGUAUUGCUGGAUUUUUAUCCUUCGGGUCUAAGACCCAAGGUAACGUUUUGAAUAACUUUCCAUCCGACAAUAUUGUCGUUAACAUAGCACGAUUUUGCUUCGGCCUCAACAUGCUCACCACCCUACCGCUGGAGGCUUUCGUCUGCCGUUCCGUCAUGACCACUUACUAUUUCCCCGAUGAGCCACAUAACCCAGCUCGACACAUUCUCUUUACGACAGCCCUAGUGGCUACUUCACUGGUGUUGUCUUUGCUGACUUGCGAUCUGGGAAGUGUGUUUGAGCUCAUUGGAGCUACCAGCGCUGCUUCUCUGGCAUAUAUCUUCCCUCCUCUCUGUUGGAUCAAACUCAGCGGCGCGUCACGACGGGAGAAGAUCCCUGCUUAUCUAUGUGUUUGCUUUGGUCUGGUGGUCAUGGGUGUCAGUGUGGUUCAAGCAGUGGCCAAGAUCAUUCAAAACGAUGGUGAAGCACAUUCCUGCAGUGCACCUUAG